AUGGAAGAAAGAGAAGAUUUUGCAUCAGAAGAUAUGAAUAUUCGCCACCGAAGUAGUAAAACAAAUCUUGAUGAAGAUAUAAGAUGUUCACAGUCAUCGGUAAUGCCAUCAAUGGCAACAUCAACACUGACAUUAGCAAAAUUAACUCCAUCUACAAUUCAACACCAAACAUUGUUACAAGUGAAUACACACAGUACAGACAAUGAUAAACAGAAAUUAAUACAUGAUGUUGUAUGGUGUGACCUAGCUGAACAAUUUCGAUUAAAUCUAAUUGCUCAGCUUGACGAUCACUUGAAAGUGUCAUUAAGUGAUUUAGUUACUACAGCUAUCUCCAGGGAGAACAAUCUACAAAGUACACAAACAAUGAAUGACUGGAUGACAGACAAGCCCGAACAGGUUGCAAUAAGUGUUGAUGGGAGAGUCAAAAACACUUUACGCCAACAAAUAUUAAUUAUUCAUAGUGAUAAGCUUAACUGGAUGAAGUAACUGAAAGACAUCGAAAUAUAUGUCACACCAGUGCUGAUAAAUACAAAACGUAUUUUUAAAUAUAAAGUUACGGGACAACAGUAUUCUUAGUUCAGUACACUAUGAGUUUCUGUCUAAGAAAUCUACACAUCACGAUACAGUGGAGUUGGCUGGAUUGUCAUAAUAUUCGAAGGGAG